GACUGACUUUCUGCAAAACAAAUCUGCGCAAGCUCUGUGAACAACAUCACUCUUUCUCCUAGAGAGUUGAGGCGAAUCACUUUACAGAGCAAUAAUGAACACAGUGAAAUCAGUAUACUACGGCUGGGGCGCCUUCAUCGCCGCCGGCGCCGGCGCCUACUACUUCGCCAAAAAGUCCAUCAACGCCGACCGCGCCGCGCGCGCCGAAGCCGACCGCCAAAAGCGCAUCGCACACCAGCAACUGGAAAACGAGUACAGGAACAAGUUUCCGCCUGCAAACGCCCAACAACCGAUACAGUCGUCCAUCCCCUCGACGCCUGCCGCUUCCCAGAUCAGCAAUGCGUAUCUUGGGAGUAGGAGUGAGUUGAAUAAGGAGAGAGUGGGAGAGGAGUGGGGGAAUCAGAGGGACGAGGCGGGCAAUCCGAGUCAAGAGGCGAGUCAGGAUCCGGCGCCGACGAGGCAUGCGCCGGAGGAUGAAGGGCAGAAGAUGCGGGAGAAGAGCAAGUAUGAGGCUACUGAUGUGUUUAGGAGUCGGAAGGGGGAUAGGUUUAGCUGA